GCACCAAUUUGUUUUCAUCUUAUGUAAACUUCCUUGAUACUGAAAAGCGUAAUGCACAACUCCUGUUUACUUAAAUUUUUUUGAACUAGUUCAAAUUUUUUAACCCAUGUAAUUAUAUCUGAAUUCAGCGGAAAGAACUACCAAACAAUAUGAUCAUGUACAGAAUUUUUAGAAGUGCAGAAGUGUGCUUAUUUACACUAAGGAGAGUUGUGCCUUCAUCAUAUAAGAAUAUACUGCAUUUGAAGCCAAAAUUAAAUUUUUCAUUUACUUCACAGUUUUCAAAUUUAAAGCAAGAGAAUAAAAAUGUAGGAAGGAAUACAAAAGUGGUAUUUUUUCAACAUAGGUAUUACACAAGACCGACAGAACUCAAUACUAGAAACAGGACUACUUUGUAUUAUCUAACUGCGUUUACAAUAUUAGUUAGUGGUUGCACAUAUGCUUCCGUUCUUCUCUAUCGUUUAUAUUGCCAGACUACAGGCAAAGGAGGUCAGGCAGUGCUGGAUGAAGCUGGAGAGAAAAUAGCUGAAAUGAAGCCAAUCAGAAAACGAAAUAUAACUGUAAAUUUUAAUGCUGAUACAAACUCCACUAUGAUGUGGAAUUUUAAACCUCAGCAGCCAUACAUAAAAGUAUCGCCUGGAGAAACAGCACUGGCAUUUUAUACUGCUAUAAAUCCAACUGAUAAGGCUAUUACUGGAGUUGCUACAUACAAUGUGUUGCCUUUUGAAGCUGGGAAAUACUUCAAUAAAAUACAAUGCUUCUGUUUUGAAGAGCAGCAGCUGAACCCUCAUGAAGAGGUUGAUAUGCCUGUAUUUUUUUACCUGGACCCAAAUUACGCAGAGGAUCCCCGUUUGGAAACUGUAGAUGAUAUAAUAUUAUCAUAUACCUUCUUUGAGGCUAAAGAGGGUAUACAGUUGCCUCGGCCUAGCUUUGCAUAAAAAAGUACUAUCAUGUAUUAUAAAUCUGAAGAUGGUUUAUAAAAUAAAAUAUCUUUACUAGCAUGCAAAUGCUAA